CAUCCAAAAUACACACACGCAGUGCACGAAGAGUUCAAGAGCGCUUUUCAGUUUAACUAACAUUACAGGGAGUGGAAAUAUCUGCAGGAAGACCUCAUUUUAUCCAUCCACUUUCCUUUUGGUCGGGUUGAAGUUGUGCCAAGUGUCAUACUUUUGGUCGGGGUUUUUUGUGUGUAUGUUUGAAACGGACAACUUUCUGAGACAGUGCUAUUCAUGUGGUGCACUUGCACCCGAGAAGAGCCGAAGUCAGCGAGCGAGCAGGGUUGCAGAAAAGCACAAAGUGAAAACACUACAAGAUGACUCCACACAGUAUGAAGAAAGAGGACUCGGGCAAUCAGACCUGGAAUGAGGUUGGGGCUAUGUUCUGCUUGUCUGGCAGUAAUUAUGGAGGCAAAGGGAAGAAGUUUAUGGCUCUAUUCCAUCCGGAGGUCACACUGUUUGGACUGAUUGUGUUGGCCAUCCUCCCUGUUGGAGCAAGCAUCAAACAGAGUGUCCCCAGGGUCAAACUCAGCCAUAGAGAACUGCUGAAGGUGGGCAGUGUAUCUCUGUUUUUGAGCCCCUCCAAUGGCCUUCAUUCGCAGUCGCUGUUGUUGGAUGAAGAGAGGGAUCGUCUUCUGUUGGGAGCCAGGGACCACAUCUACUUGCUUGACCCUGACAAUCUGGCUGAAUCCCCUACAAAGAUUCACUGGCCUGCUCUGAAGGAAAACGUGGAAAUGUGCAAACUGGCUGGCAAAAAUGAAAAUCUGGAAUGUGCAAAUUUUAUCAGGGUCCUUCACAAUUACAACCGAACACAUGUCUAUGCCUGUGGGACAGGGGCCUUCCACCCCACUUGUGCAUUCAUUGAAAUCACUGGCCACAAAAAGGAUGGCGUUUUGAAGCUGCUGUCUAAUACAGAGGAGUCUGGCAGGUUGAAAUGUCCUUUUGAUCCCUUGCAGCCAUUUACAUCAGUCCUCACAGAUCAGUACCUGUAUGCAGGCACAUCUUCAGACUUCCUGGGCAAAGAUACAACGUUCACACGCUCCCUAGGCCCUCCUCCUGACCAACACUACAUACGCACAGACAUCUCUGAAAACUACUGGAUCAAUGAGGCCAGGUUUAUAGCUGCCCAUCCCAUUGCAGACACCUACAAUCCAGAUGAUGAUAAAGUAUACUUUUUCUUCCGCGAGGUGUCCUGGGAAGGCAACGACAAAAACAUCCUCUCCCGAGUGGCUCGUGUGUGCAAGAAUGAUGUGGGUGGGCUGAGGAGUCUGACCAAUAAAUGGACAACCUUCCUCAAAGCCAGACUUGUGUGUUCCAUCCCUGGGCCAGAUGGCGUGGACACACACUUUGAUCAGCUCCAGGAUGUCUUUCUACUCCCAACCAGAGAUGACAAGAACCCCAUAGUGUAUGCAGUCUUCACAACCUCUAGUUCCAUUUUCCGUGGCUCAGCAGUGUGUGUUUAUAGCAUGGCAGACAUAAGGGCUGUGUUUAAUGGACCUUAUGCCCACAAGGAGGGGCCUGACCACCGCUGGGUAGAAUAUGAGGGGAGGAUACCAUAUCCCCGUCCUGGAACGUGCCCAAGCAAAACAUAUGAUCCAAGGAUCAAGACCACUAAAGACUUCCCGGAUGAAGUUGUCAGAUUUAUUCGAUUCCACCCUCUGAUGUAUCGCUCUGUCUACCCUCUCACUGGUCGUCCUGUGUUCACACGUGUCAAAGUUGACUACACCUUGACUCACAUUGUGGUGGACAGAGUUUUGGCAGAUGAUGGCCAGUAUGAGGUUAUGUUCCUGGGAACAGAUGUUGGCUCCAUUCUUAAGGUAGUGAGCAUCACUCAAGAAAACUGGUCAACAGAGGAAGUGGUUCUUGAAGAGCUUCAAGUGUUCCAGAAUCCCUCUCCUAUCCUUAGUUUGGAGAUCUCGUCUAAACAGCAACAGCUCUACGUGGGUUCAAGUGAGGGUCUAGCCCAGGUUUCACUCAGCAGAUGCCACCUAUAUGGCCAGGCUUGUGCUGAAUGCUGCCUGGCACGAGAUCCCUACUGUGCCUGGGAUGGACACACAUGCGCACGAUACAUCCCUGCCUCGAAGAGGCGAGCUAGAAGACAGGACAUCAAGAAUGGAGACCCUGCCAUGCAGUGCUGGGACACAGAAGACAGUCCUGGUACUGGGAGUGUGGAGGAGAAAAUUAUCUUUGGGGUGCAGAGCAACUCCACAUUUCUCGAGUGUAUCCCCAAAUCUCAGCAGGCCCGGAUUCGAUGGUACAUGCAAAGACCGGAAUCUGAACGCAGAGAGGAGGGGUGA